AAAUUCCAUUUACACUGAGCGGGUUCAACAAGUGCGGGAAAUGAAGAAAAGUAGCGAAAAUUGUAAGCGCAAUAUUGAUUCAUUUUCCCGCUUCAUAUAUAAAUAAUCGCUUUUUUCUUCACCUUCUUCUCUCUUCUCCUAACAAAAAAUAAGCGCUUAUUCUCUCAUUCACCUUAACAAUGCCUCAAAAACGCGUUCGCAAAUCUUCCAAUCAAGACGACGUUGUUCCUCAUUCUUCUAAACGGAAGAAAGCUAAACAAUCUCCAGUUGAAGAAGAACUGGUUUCGCUUCUUCCUUCUAGAAGAAAGAAAUCGAAGCAAUCUUCGGUUAACUCCGAUGAUGCAUGUUUCGUCGGAGAACCUAUUCCGGCUGAUGAAGCACAAAAGAAAUGGCCUCACCGGUACACCAAGAACGAUGAAUUGAGUGAGGGUGAAAGUUUGAAGGCGAAGUUUCACUAUCAUGAAGCGAAGGUUGAUGGGAUUUUAUAUAAGCUGGAGGAUAAUGCUUAUGUCAAGGGGGAGGAAGGAAAGGAGGAUUACAUUGCUAGGAUUGUGGAGAUGUUUGAAACUCCUGAUGAAGAACAAUAUUUUACUGCCCAAUGGUUUUACAGAGCCGAAGACACAGUGAUUAAGGACCAUGGGAAUCUGGUUGACAAAAAGAGGAUUUUCAUAUCUGAUGUAAAAGAUGAAAAUCCUUUAGAUUGUUUAGUUAGGAAAGUUAACAUUGUACAAAUUUCUCCUGAUGCUGCAAAAAAGAAGAAAAUUCCUCCUUGUGAAUUCUAUUUUGACAUGAAGUACACUGUGCCAUAUUUAACGUUCUCAAAUGUUGGCAAUGAAAGUGAGACUUCAACACUUUCAAGUGAAUCUGGGUACAAUGUCCAUGCAGCUGAUAAAAAUGCGGUUAAAGAAAAAUCAAGUCAAAUUAAAGAAUGUAAUAGGCCUGAGUGGACUUUACUGGAUUUGUAUUCUGGGUGUGGAGCUAUGUCCACUGGCCUUUGCUUUGGAGCAUCUAUUUCUGGCAUUAAGCUUGUCACGAGAUGGGCCGUGGAUAUAAAUGACCAUGCAUGUGAGAGUCUCAAGCUGAAUCAUCCAGAAACUCAUGUGAGGAAUGAACCCACAGAAGACUUUUUAAGUCUGCUGAAAGAGUGGGCUAAACUCUGUGAGAAAUUUGUGCUAAAUGGAGCAGAAAGCACAGAUUCUGAUUUGAAUGCUGGUGAAGAAGCUGGUGAAGAAGCUGAUGGUGAAGCUACAAAUAAUUCACCUGACUCUGAGGUAUUUGAGGUUGAAAGACUACUCUCUAUUUGCUAUGGCGAUCCCAACGAAGAUGAAAAACCAGGACUAUAUUUCAGAGUGCAGUGGAAGGGUUACGAUUCCAGUUAUGAUACAUGGGAGCCCAUUGAGGGCUUGAGCGAGUGUAAAGAUGCUAUGAAAGAUUUUGUCAUAAAUGGAUAUAAGGAAAAGAUAUUGCCUCUUCCUGGCCAAGCCGAUUUUAUUUGUGGUGGGCCACCUUGUCAAGGUGUUAGUGGUUUCAAUCGCUUCAGGAACAAAAACGCUCCAUUGGAUGAUGAAAAAAAUAAGCAAUUAAUUGUUUACAUGGACAUUAUCAAUUUCUUGAAGCCUAAGUAUGUUCUGAUGGAGAAUGUUGUUGACAUCUUGAAAUUUGCCGGAGGAUUUCUGGGGCGUUAUGCUGUAGGCCGUCUAGUGGCAAUGAAUUACCAAGCUCGUAUGGGAAUGAUGGCUGCAGGGUCAUAUGGCCUCCCUCAAUUUCGGAUGCGUGUUUUUCUUUGGGGAGCUCUAACUACUGAAAAAUUACCCUCGUAUCCGUUACCAACUCAUGAGGUUGAAUCCAGAUCCGUCAUCCCUAUUGAGUUUGAAGCAAUAACAGUUGCAUAUUCCACUAAUGAAAAGUGUCAGCUGGCCAAGGCAUUAUACCUUGGGGACACAAUUGAUGAUCUCCCACCGGUUGAAAAUGAUAAUAGCGAUGAUGAAAAGAGCUACGGGACUACUCCUCGUACUGAUUUUCAAAAAUAUAUCAGAUUAAAGAGAAGUGAGAUGGUGAAUUAUUUGGCUGACUCUCAAAGUGCACCAAGUGGUAUGCUGUAUGAUCAUAGGCCUUUGAAAUUAAAUACCGAUGACUAUGAGAGAGUUUGCCACAUUCCAAAGGAGAAGGGGGCAAACUUCAGGGACCUCAAGGGUGUUCUUGUUAAAGAAAAUAAGGUGGAAUGGGACCCGUCUUUUAAAAGAGUGUAUCUAAAAUCUGGGAAGCCCUUGGUUCCAGAUUAUGCUAUGACAUUUGUUCGCGGGACCUCCUCUAAGCCAUUUGGUCGACUUUGGUGGGACGAAAUUGUGUCCACGGUUGUAACAAGGGCCGAGCCUCAUAAUCAGGCUCUUCUCCAUCCAGACCAAGACAGAGUUCUUAGCAUUCGAGAGAAUGCAAGGCUACAAGGAUUUCCAGACUGCUAUAAGCUUUGUGGCCCUGUCAAACAGAGGUACAUGCAAGUUGGAAACGCAGUUGCUGUUCCUGUUGCCCUUGCCCUUGGAUACACAUUAGGUUUGGCAAUUCUAGGACACUCCGAUGACGGUCCUUUGACAACUCUCCCCUUUAAGUACCCUAGUUGUCUAGCCCGUCCUUUAGAUGUAGUUAAUGAUGAUGGUUCAAGUUGAUCUUGUCCUCAUUAAUCCAUGUCUUUUCAACCGUUAUCUUGUUUUCAUUUUCAUUUUUGUUUUCAUUUUUAAGCCAAUAAUAUUCAGGGCCUGGAAUUGUAUGAAUGAAUGUUCCUACAACUGAUGAUUAUGCAAGAUUCUGGAAACAUAAAAUAUGGCAAAUGGAAAUGUUUAAAAACUAUGAUUGAUUUACUGACACUUAAUUUGAUCA